UUUGGAUUGGAUGAGGACGGUAUAACCCGACCAAACCAUUCCCCACCCCACUCUCACUCCUUCUAAACCAGAACCUUCAAUUGCUCUGCUAAGCUCCUCCCUGAUACAGUGGUAGUACGGCGGCGAGCACAUUCCCCCGAAUUCAUUGCGGCGACGAAGAAACCCCCUCCAUGCUCUCCCUUACACUGCCCUCUCCUUCGCUGCAUCCAUGCGCGCGGCCGCGCCUAAGUGACCCCCCGCGGCCGCCGCUCCCCGUCGUCGUCGCCGCCGCCGCCUCGAGGCGGAAAAGAAGCGAAGACGACUACCACACGACCAUCAAAUCUCUGAAUUCCAAAGGCCGCCACACCCCAAGAAAAUCACUUGGCCAGCAUUACAUGUUGAAUUCGAGCAUUAACGAAGAGCUUUCGAAUGUGGCUGGGGUUGAAGAAGGGGAUGUGGUGAUGGAGAUAGGCCCCGGUACUGGCUCCUUGACUAAUGUUUUGAUAAAUGCUGGUGCCACGGUGAUUGCUGUAGAGAAGGAUCCGCACAUGGCCACGCUUGUUAGAGAUAGGUUUGGCUGUACAGAUCAAUUAGUGGUUCUGCAGGAAGACUUCACAAAAUGUCAUAUUCAUUCCCAUUUGAAUUCAUUGCUGGAGAAUAAGAACUCCGUAGGAAUCAAACCUAGAUAUGCAAAGGUAGUGUCAAAUAUACCCUUCAAUAUAAGUACAGAUGUUGUAAGGCAGCUUCUUCCAAUGGGUGAUAUCUUCUCCGAAGUUGUUCUUCUGCUUCAGGAUGAGACUGCAUCACGCUUGGCAGAUUGUUCUUUACGAACAUCAGAAUACCGACCCAUUAACAUCUUUGUGAACUUUUAUUCAGAUCCUGAAUACAAGUUUAAAGUUGAAAGAACAAAUUUUUUUCCUCAACCAAAUGUUGAUGCAGCUGUUAUUAGAUUUAAACUAAAGCAAGUUUUGGAUUAUCCACCAGUUGCUUCCCCUAAAAGCUUCUUUUCAAUGGUUAUUCUAGAUCUCCAUUCUUUUCAUGUAAAUUCUGCUUUCAAUGGAAAGCGUAAAAUGUUGCGACGGUCACUUCAGCAUAUAUGCCCAUCGCUCGAGAUUGAAGCUGCUCUCAAGAAUGUUGGCCUUCCAGUUACAGCCAGACCUCAAGAUCUUACAUUGGAUGAUUUUGUGAAGCUGCAUAAUCUCAUUACACAGGUGUAGCACUUAAUGCCAUGGAAAUAGCAUAUAAUGAAGCAUCCUUAUGAUGAAGAUGGGAGUUUGACAUAUCCUAUGGUCACAACAUGAGAAUUCCAGAGACAGAUCUAUGAUUAAAGGGACAGGAUUCACAUGGCAACCACACAUAAAGGCUGGUAAAACAUCCUACCAUCAGAUUUGAAGCCAUUGCAAUUUGAAAUGGCCAUUUGGUGACAAAGCCAUCUGUAUAAAUAAUUCAAUCAUAUGACAGCUAUGACGCUUGCUUAUUUGGAAUGGAAAAUCAAGCUUUUGAGAGAAGGUAGCACUGCGGCAGAGAAUGACUAAAAGCAAAAUGCUGAACAUGAAAUAACUUGAUUGAAGAUGUAUCGUUAAUCAAAUGGUUUGCUCAUUGGCCAAGUUUAGGAUACGGGUCGCUUCUGUUUCUCUAUUCCACUCACUGUUCCCUGAAUAGAGGGUUGCAGCAUGAAUCUCUUUAGAUUCCUCCCCGAAAUAGUGAAGAAUUAAUGAUUAUUUCUGGCUGUCUGGUUGGCUCAGAGUAGUGCUAUGCAGCGCCAUUCUAUUUAUCGUCGGAUGUGGCAGGGGUUAUUGGUGCCAUUGGCAGGGUGUUGGGUAAGUCACUAAGCUAAGCAUAAGAGGAUACUGAAUGUGUUCUUUUACUGGGACUUGGAAAAUGCUCGGAACCAUUCGAUAACGGAACAAUUUGUUCAAUGCAUGACAAUAUACAACCGUUUCAAGGAGUCGAUCUUCAGGCAGCCAACUGAAAUUCUCAUGGGGACAUUGGCUUCUUAUUUGUUAUGUCCUGCUAAGCUAUGUUAACUGCACAAGAAACGGACAGAAAUGCACAGGCUGAAUAAAUAUUUACUAAUAGGACUAA